CGGUGACGAAGACGGGCAACGGCAGUCGGCGGCGGUCCUUUGAACGGUUCGUUCGUUGGUGCGUAACAACGGCGUGCUCCGAAAUUCGCGCUGAUCGUCGAAUAAACCUGUGCAUGAGGGAAUGAGGUAAUCACUAGGACGGUCUUGAAUUCUUGAGCGCUCGCAACAUAUAGAGGGGCUAGCAAACAACGGUGACUCGACAAAGUAAUAGCAACGCAGAUAACAUAUCUACUAGCGUCAGCCACAAUGACUGAAAACGACAAAGCGCCGACGGAGUUGGAGACCUUCCUGCCUCAGGAUGGAUCCAAUCUCAAGGAUGGCGUCCUAUCUGCCAAAUAUAAAGUACAAGUUGCCUCGCGCGACGUUGAAGCCGCGCUGGCUGAUAAGAAGAGUUUCGAUCCUUUUGCAGAACGCAAAGUUGAAAAUCCGACGACGGAUUGCGACACAUUGACGCACUUAUUGAAGGCCUCCCUUGGCAGUGGCAUCUUGGCUAUGCCUAUAGCUUUCAAAAGUGCCGGAUUGCUCUUGGGUAUAUUUGCCACGAUACUUGUCGCGUUCGUGUGCACGCACUGCGCAUAUAUUCUGGUCAAAUGUGCGCACCUGCUUUACCACAAAACUCGAAAAACAGAAAUGGGAUUCGCUGAGGUGGCCGAGGUGGCUUUCGAUAAUGGCCCUCAAUGGGCGAGAAAGUUCGCGAAACCUUCCAAGUAUCUCAUUCAAAUCAGUCUGUUCGUCACAUACUUCGGCACCUGCAGCGUGUACGCGGUAAUCGUGGCCGCCAACUUUAAACAAAUUAUCGAACAUUAUCAAGACAGUGAUGCUGGCGAAUAUAGCAUCCGGUUGAUCACCGCCUAUUUGCUGAUACCGAUGAUUCUACUCAGUUGGGUACCCGACUUGAAGUACCUGGCACCGGUUUCGAUGGUAGCAAACAUCUUUAUGGGGACAGGACUGGGAAUAACGUUCUACUAUCUCGUCUGGGAUUUGCCGCCGUUAUCUUCGGUACCUCUGAUAGGGUCGAUCGAGACCUUCCCGCAAUUUUUCAGCAUUACUAUCUUCGCCAUGGAAGCGAUCGGUGUGGUAAUGCCUCUCGAGAAUAGCAUGAAAACGCCACAGCACUUUGUGGGAAUCUGCGGAGUUCUCAACAAGGGGAUGUCUGGAGUUACGCUUGUAUACAUUUUCCUUGGAUUUCUUGGAUACGUCAAAUAUCAGGACGAGACGCUAGGUAGCAUUACCCUUAAUCUACCGACAGAAGAAAUAGCGGCGCAAGUGGUGAAGAUUUUGAUCGCUCUGGCUGUGUUCUGCACUUUCGGUCUGCAGUUUUACGUGUGCCUCGAUAUUGGGUGGAACUUUAUAAAACAUCGUUUCGAGAAGAAACCACUUUUAGCUAAUUAUAUCAUGAGGACGGUGCUGGUAUGCGGUGCAGUUCUACUCGCCAUAGCAGUGCCGACCAUCGAACCGUUUAUCGGAUUAAUCGGUGCAUUUUGUUUCUCCAUUUUGGGCCUCCUCAUUCCGGUAUUCAUCGAGACUGUAACUUACUGGGAUGUCGGCUUCGGGCCAGGAAAUUGGGUAGCUUUAAAGAAUGUAAUUAUAUGCGUGAUAGGUAUAAUGGCACUAAUAUUUGGGUCGCGCAGUGCCAUAAUGGACAUUGUGAAAUUGUAUGCUUGAUGGAAAUAAUAUUUUCCAUUUUUUAUUUAGUGCAAAUGAUUUAGCGAUAGGUUAUACAAUGAAUUUUUCUAUCAUAUGUUAGAUCUGCUCCCUCCACACGCCUAACGAUAUUUUAGAAUAAAUCAGAUAUAAAUCAAACAUUACGCUCGCGGGCGGGUGUCAGUGAAUUUUUAAACAGGAAUAAUGGAUUUGAACUGUGUAAUUAGCUCAAAUUUUCUCUUAGAAUCUUAAGAUUUUCCAACAAAAUAUAGAAAAUUUUUAUUCAUCUAAAAUAAUAUUCGACUGUAUGCUAUAAGUCAGAAAUGAUAAGCAAAUGUAGAUUUAGGAAUAAUGGCAGUAUUCACUUAGGAGAAAAUCCGCUGCAAAGCAUGAAUGAAUUAUUGCGAUCGAAUGAUAUGCGAGUAAGGAACGCAAAGUUUCUUUAGAAAAUAAUUUGUAUAUUAUCGAAAUAAUGUCUAUUAUAUACUAUUUAAUUCCACGAUAUAGAACAGAAGUUUUGAUAUUGUGCAUUUAUACAAAAUUGUAAUUAAAGAAAUCUAAUUGUAAUUUUUCAGCAAAUUAUCUACAUAAUCUUGCCUUGCAGAAAGAUAUUUUGAUAAAAAACGCCCACACGUAUUUUUACUAAAUUUGACAAAAUUUACAAUAUAUAUAUAACGCUAUAUCUUAACUGGUAUAUAUUUUAAUGUUUACUAUUAUAUUAGUAAAAAGAAAUAUUUUUACAAAAUAAAUAAUUGAAUCAAGGAUUUAAAAACGCAUUCCGAGAAAAAAUAACAGAUUCUGUGUGAAAUGAAUGCAUGCCACCUGCAUUAUAGAAGAAACGUUGCUCAAGCAUAGUCAGGCAGUCUUCCAACAUUGCAUUUAAAAUAAACAUUAAAAUAUGCUUUUGAGAACCAAGUAUACACGUGUACACAGAAUAUAUAUAUAUUGCUUCGACUCUUAUUAUGAGCAGACAAAUUUUUAUAUAAAUAAAAUUUUUACCAUUUAUAACAGAAUUUUGUAACACAUGGCAUUGGUUAAAGUUAUGAAAUAAAAAUAAUUUUACAUUUU